AUGACUCGCUCAUAUGAGUCUGCCAUUGCGGCGCUCAACUCCUUGCAAACGAACUAUGCGAUCGUUGAGGAGCUUCGGAAGUCGACCUCCCGACAGGAGAUGAAUGAGCGCUCCCUACCAGAGACCGUCGAAUGGCUUUGUCGCAUCGGUUACAAGCCGUCCGACCUCGAUCAACUAAACCCCGUCCAUGUCGCCGGAACUAAAGGCAAAGGGUCGACUUCAGCUUUCAUUUCCUCCAUCCUCUAUCAAUACACCAAGGCUGAGUCUGAUCAGUCGACACCUCGACUCCACAAGAUCGGACUCUACACUUCACCGCAUCUUCGCUUCGCACGCGAGCGCAUCAAGAUCGAUAAUGCCCCGCUUUCUGAAGAGCAGUUUGCGCGCUACUUCUUUGAAGUAUGGGAUCGCCUAGAAGAGGCUGCUAAGGUGACAGGCCAGGAUCCCACUUCGCCGGGGACUAAACCCCAAUAUUUCCGCUAUCUGACGCUGAUGGCAUUCCACACAUACUUGAGCGAAGGCGUUGACGCUGCGGUGAUUGAGUGCGGUAUCGGAGGUCAAUAUGAUUGCACCAAUGUCAUCGAGAAGCCUAAGGCGACGGCUAUUACUAGCCUUGGAAUUGACCACACCGCAAUGCUGGGAACUACCAUUGAGCAGAUCGCAUGGCACAAGGGUGGCAUCAUCAAGUCCGGCGUCAGAGGCUUCACAGCUCCCCAAGCUCCAAGUGCAGAGGAAGUGCUAGCCAAGCGAGCUGAAGAAAAGGGUUCUCAGCUCGACGUCGUCUUAGAUCACCCUGACCUUCGUCCUGCGACUAGCCAGGUCAAGCUCGGAUUGGCGGGCGAUUUCCAGUAUACGAAUGCCUCGCUGGCUGUGGCAACGGCGGCAGAGUUCUUGAGAAAGACUGGCGUUGCCGACAUUUCUGAAAAUAUCAUGUCGGAACCCCUGCCUGCUAAGUUCCUGACUGGCCUUGAAGCGACGCGGCUUGGUGGCCGAUGCGAGACUCGGUACGAGAAGAACGUGGCCUGGUAUAUUGACGGUGGUCACACACUGGAAAGCAUCCGGCUGGCCGGCCAGUGGUUUGCCUCACGAAUCCAGGCAGACUCGUCCUCCAAGGACGUUGCGACGAAGAAGCCUCGGAUCUUGAUCUUCAACCAGCAAACUCGCGAUAGCACCGCCCUGGCGCGCGCACUCCAUGAAACCCUGGCGGCGGCACUAGGAGCCGAAGUCCCCUUUACGCACGCUCUCUUCUGCACGAACAUUACCUAUAAGCACGCCGGAUACCGACCCGACUUGGUCAGCAUGAACACGAAUGCGGAUGAUGUCGAGCGCCUGAGCGUUCAGAAGUCUCUCGCAGAGGCUUGGAACUCGAUUGACCCUCAUGCUAAAACACAAGUAUUCGGAACUAUCGAAGAAGCCGUGGACUUUGCGCGCGAUGUGGCCGCCGAGGAACGCAAGCUUCUCCAGAAUGACGAGGCACCUGUCAUGACGUUUGUCACCGGUAGCCUGCACCUCGUCGGCGGAUUCCUCGACGUGGUGGAGACCAAGCCGUUUGUCGAAAAGGCAUGA